AUGCCGGACGCGGCGCCGCGCAAGGGUCUGACUGCGUCGCCGUCGCAAAACAAUGCCUCUGCAAACAAGAAGGCCGCAAAGGCCGCGGGCGAAGAGGCAACAAUCAAGGUCGCCUCCAAGAAGGAGCCCAGGGCGCCGGCAAACGGCCCUGCGAAGCUGAAGCGCCCGGUACCGAAGCUGAAUGGGGUCGGAAACUGGCGCGAUGCGACCAUCGUGAAUGUCGAGAAGAAAAAGUCAAAAGCCAACGCAGCGAGCGCCAAAGCAAGGAACAAAUCGCCAGGCCCGGUGGUGAAUCCGACAGAUGAGAAUUCGCACGAGACGUUCGAGACAAGCUCUCCAGCGCUAGACAGCCCCGGAUUGCAGCAAUGUAAGCACUGCAAGAAGAGCAUGUCCGUGGCGAGAUCUCCGGCGCAUAUUGCCGUGUGUCUCAAGGUGAAGAAGGAGAAGGCUCAGCGGAAGAAGGAGGCCCGCGAGGCCCGCGAGCGAGCAAAGGAGGCAGCUGCUCGCGAGGAAGAAGCGCGCAAGGCCGAGGAGGAAGGCGGCGGCGACGACAGCAGCGAUGACGACGACGACGACAAGGGAGCUGGCGGUGGCCCAGGCGGCAAGACCACCAAGAAGGCUGCAGGGAAGAAGACUGCCGGCGACGACUCAAAGGGCAAGAAGCGCAAGGCAGAUGGAGAUCCUGACGGCAAGGGAGGCCCCAAGGCGAAGAAGAAGAAGGAUGAGCCAAAGCCCAAGACUGCGAAACCUAAGGGGCCCGUGGAUGUCGAAAGGCAGUGUGGUGUUCUCACGCCCACCGGUCAGCCUUGUGCCAGGUCCCUUACAUGUAAAACUCACAGUAUGGGUGCCAAGAGGGCGGUUCCUGGACGUUCGCUGCCAUAUGAUAUGCUGCUGGCGGCGUACCAGAAGAAGAACCAAGCGAAACAGCAG